UCCAGGAUGUCGAUGACAAUGUUCUUAGGUUUUGUUUACAUCACUGCUGUAUUCAUACAGAAUUGCGUAUCGUCAGAAUCUAGUACAUCUCAUCCCUUGGUCAUUGGAGACAUUAGAGAAUGCCUGACAGGGGUCGGAAGAGACGUCUCACGGUUCGGAGUUCUUCCGGGAGUGGGAUGGGACAACCUGAGAAACAAAGCCGGCGACAUGGUGGUCUUUUUCAAUUAUUCGCAAUGUCGGACAACCGACGAUGGUAAAUACCUGAUACCAGACAACGUAUUUACCGUUCCUGUGAAAACAAGUCAAGUUGAAAUAUCAGGAGAAACAUUUCAACACUGGAGUGACUAUGUUUCUACAACGGCAUUUUCUAUCAAUAGCGAAGCUUCUCUGUUUUAUAAGGGUAUACAUCUCAGUGGGUCGUUUUCAGCAGAAAAGGAGACAGUGAAAAGAAAUCAAGUUUUAGGAAAGUCGGUAACUACACGAAUUCAGGCAAGAUAUGUUCGAUAUUCAGCUAAACUUCAACAUGGUUCUCAACUAAGCUCAGUAUUUCGUCAACAAAUCUUAAACAUCGCCAACAAUAUUCGAAGAAACCUGUCCACAUUAGCCGAAUAUGAGAGUCAAAUAUUAAUUCGAGAUUUCGGAACGCAUAUUCUUUCAAGUGUAGACGCCGGUGCUGUUGUUUCUCAAACGGAUCAAGUGAAGUCAUCGUUCUUGAGAAAUCUUAAUAAAGACACCAGCAGAUUGCUUGCGGCGGCAGGUGGCUCUUUCAGGCUCAUAUUUCGUAUGUCUAAUGAACUACAUACAGGAACUUCUAAGCAAUUUAUUGAUACGUAUGAAGGAAAUCGAACUCAUUCAGUAAUUAGUACCAACGGAGGACCUAUAUUUAAACCGAGCAACUUUUCUCUUAAUGAUUGGGCAUCGGAGAUCAGGGAAAAUUUGGUUGCAGUAGAUCGGGGAGGCUUCCCAAUAUAUGAAGUGAUUAACGCGCGAAAUUUUCCACAUACCCCUGUCUCCGUCAUAUAUUCUACGUUUGAGCAGGUGAAAAACGCCGUGGAAGAAUACUAUAAAUUUAAUACAUAUCGAGGGUGUACUGAUAUAGACUCUCCCAAUUUUUCGUAUUUGGCCAAUGUGGAUGAUGGUACUUGUUCGUACAAAGUGGGCAACUAUUCCUUUGGUGGGGUUUACCAGACUUGCACACAGACUGGACAGUUAAAUGCAAGAAUAUGUCCCUCUCUUGUUCAGAAAAACCCUUUAACCGGAGAUUUCUCUUGCCCAGAUGGGUUUGAAUCUGUAUUUCUGUUAAAUGGAAAAGUCUCUUCUUCAGAGGUUCGCCGAAGGUGUACAUCGUGUGGCUUUUUAUGGUUGGAUACAUGCUGCUCGAAUUAUUACGUGUACGGCAGUGCUCAAUAUAAUACUUACUGGUGUGUAGGGAAAUCCCAGAGUCGAUCGCAUUUGGGUUUCCUUUUUGGGGGAACGUACACCAGCAAUGUUGACAAUCCUCUAACUCAAGCACGUGAAUGUCCGCUACAUUUUUAUCCCUUGGCAAUGAGUACCGACAUCAAAUUAUGUGUUUCGGACGAUUUUGAACUAGGCUUCCGGUAUGCUGUGUCUUUUGCCGGACUUUUCAGCUGCAAAUCUGGCAAUCCUCUAGCAAUCAUGAAGGAGGAUGUGUCCAAAAACAACUCAAACAACAUGCAUUCAUAUCUCACGUCUGCUAAUUCAGAGUUAUGGCCGCAUGCGUGUCCAACUGGUUAUAGUAAUCAUCUGGCAGCCUUGGCAGAAUCUUGCGAAAUUAGUUACUGUGUGAAAUCGCAAUCUUUCUCCAAACAAGAGUUCCAAUCCAUUAGGAGACCCCCAUUCAUUGAAUUACCUCGUAUGGCCUUUUUACAACUCGAUGAAAACAACGGCACAUUUCAAGCAUUAACCGGAUCGAACCAGUCCUCCCAAAUCUCAAGUAACCCAACAUCCAGUGAAAAGUCCGUCAACAACAUGACAAGUAUCAUAAUAAUUUCUGUUCUUUUUUCUAUCACUGCUUUGGCAAUGUUUAUUUUCGUUGGCUUCUGCAUAAGGCGCCGAUUGAGGAAAAGUGGAGGAAAGGAGGUACACGAGGAGUCUAGAUCACAGGGAGGGGAAACGGAAUCUAGAAGUGAUAGGACCAGGGAAACGUCGGUUCGGGAAAUGAAAUCGGAAUAAUAAGAAAAUAACAAAGGGUCAUUUUUAGAGGCUAUGGUAAAAUCGGUAGUAUAUUUACUCUUUCAAUGCUAAUUGAAAUUAAAAGGCUUAUUAAGAUGAAAAGAGAAUAUGGUUUGUACAUAAGUGGUAUAUAUCAAUGAAUAUUUUGAUGGUAAAACACUCAUAGUUCUGAAGCCUAUACUUAAACUACAUGACAUAUGGCGAACUAGAAAGCUAUCAUAUAGCAAUAAAUGUGAAAUUGUCUCCAUUUUGGGACAAAUUACAAAUCUCCAAGGAUAUUAUGAUUUCUUCAAAGCUAUUUCUUAUAAAGUGAAAAAUUACAACAGUACUUGGUUUAACUACAUAAUGAGAUUGAUCACUGUUCAAUAUCUUCACCUUUCAUAAUGCAAAUUUUGAAUGAUCAUGGAUUAUCUUACAUAUGUCAAUUAUGUAACUUUAGACAUACUGCUGAUAAAUUUCAUUAUGAAUUUCAUUUUCAUUAUAUUCUUGAAUGUGAAGACUAACGAAUUUAAGAAAGAAGCAUUUAAAUGCAAGAUUAUUGUACAUCACCAAAUGUCAUCAAGUUUUGCGAACUUAUGUCAAAUACUAACUAUACAACAUUACAAAA